UUUCGACAGCUUACAGUUUCACAAAUCACAAAUCACAACAGACAAAAAAAUUGUCUAGUCUGUAGCUAUUUAUUUUUUGUUGUUUAAUUAUUUACAGUUUGUUGUAAAAUGGCAAAUAAGGAUAAAUACGACAGUUAUUUAUUUUCAUAAUAUUGGUUAAGCUGCUUAAAUAGGGUUAGUAGUUAUGAAAAAUUUACAGGCAACAAUUUCAUGAUAUUGGCAGCUCUUGGGAUUAGAAAUCUGGAAAUCCCAAAAUGGCACAACAAAAUCCUCAACCCUUUGAAACCCCCAUGUUCAGAGAAAUUCACAAAAAUACAUGGCUCAAAAAGAUAUCUCCUAGUAACCCUAAGAAGAAACGAGAAAAACUAUGGGUUGUUUUUUGUGUCCACGAUGAUACAGAAGCAUAUCUAGAAACCUAUACUGAUAAUAAGUUAGCUGUCUUCCAUAAACCAGAGUGGUUUGUUUCCUUAAAUAACGUCCAGCACAUAUCCCCAACAAUAUGUGCUCAAGAACAAGAGUAUGAAUUUGUUUUAACAUUAACUUCAGAAGUCAUUCGUUUGGCAGCUCCUACCUGGGAACAAAUGCUAGACUGGGUUGAAGGUUUAAAAUCGAAACUUUCUGAACUGAGAAUUUUAAGCCCCAAAGAAAAUGUUUAUACAAAACUGCCUGAUAGACCCAUCAUCUCCUUACUCCCUACAAGGGAUCCUACUUCCCCCUUACCACCACCUCCAGAAGUUCCGACAGAAGCCUUACCAGGAAUUGAAAGAUCCAAUAGUGAAGUGACAGCUAAUAGACAAAGAGAAAAUUCCACAUAUCAAAGACGAAGAUCUGAAUCUCAAAGUAGUGCAAUUUCGAGAAGGGCGAACAAUAUAAAUGAACCACAAAGUGCAGAAGCUAGUUCUAAUCAAGUAUUCAACUUUGAUCCAUUUAAUUGUGCUCUUGAAGCUACAGGAUCUUCAUCAGGAAACAAUGUACAUUAUGAACACUUGUUUCAACCAGGUCCGUCCAAUAGAAACGAUGAAAUAAGACAAAUUGUUAGAACUGAACCAAGUGUAACUAAUAGACUAUUAGAAAGAUCAGCUAGUUGUUCUCCUCGAAUAUUAGAGGCAGCACCACAGCCUUUUAAGACUUUAAGGCAGCAGCAAGUAUUAAUGUUAGAAAAAGAAAUGAAGCAUCCAACAGGUGUUAGAGUGCAGCUUAGAAAAAAAGACUGUAUUAGUUCAAUUGGGUUUGUAGAUGCUUUUGAUGCAGUAUGGGUUUGUGGCUGGAAGCAGAAAGAACAUCCAAUGCUAUACAAUGCACUUCACAUUGGAGACUGUCUUGUCAACAUUGAAGGAAUAUCUGUGAAGUCAGCAGCAGAUGCAUAUAAAAUUUUGCAGUCACAUUAUUGUGGGCUCUAUGUGAAUAUCAUUGUAAAACGAGUACCUCAUGGAAAAGUAUUUGUAAUACACAAAGAAUCGGAAGGUCAAUCCUUAGGUAUAAUACAAGAAAACAAUACGGCAGUUAUUGAAAGUGUGCAAACAAAUAGUUUGGCGGCCAGGCAUGGUUUGACGUCCAAAACAAAGUCAUGUGAUGGCACAAGCUUCACAAACUGGGUACUUACUGAAAUAAAUGGACGACCCUUGAAUUUAUUUUUUAAGAAAAAUCAGAUUCGAGAUAGGCUUAAUUGUGUUGGUAGGGACAUUUCAGUUCUUGUACAACCCUUAGAUCUUAUAAAACAGCUUAAGAAACAAAUGAAAUCACUUAGGAACUAUAAAGACUAUAUAUUACAAUGAGAAUAAAGAUCUGAUCAUCUGGAUUAUCUAUUUGUGAUAAGUAAUUUGAAAACUUUCUAUUUUUGUUUGGGCAAAAUCCUAGAUGUUUAGUUAGGUUUUAUCCAACUCCUACUUCGCAAAAUGGGCAAGUACCUACCUGUCACUAUUCUGUGGUCCGAUUUUUCAGAUACAUUACAUGACAGAGUAUUUUAAAAAUGAUUGCACCUGUUUUGUUCUAUGUAAUAGUGAAAUAGCACCCUGCUGUGAUUUUUUUUUAAAAAUUAAAUUGAGUUUUGGUAUGUACACAUGGUGAAAUUAAAAUGGUGUAAAUAAGUACUUAAAGAAAUGGAAAAAAAACAAGCAUGGAUCUAUGAUCUAUGCUAUGUGUUCGCCAAUAGACCUUUUCAAAUUAGAAUAAUUCUAUUACGCAUGCGCAAAACAUUGUUGCCAAGAGUCGGUUUCUAUCACUCUAUACAGGAAAGAAUCAUGAAUAAUUUCGAUUUCAUUAGAACUGAGAUUCAAUUUCUUUAUUAUUAAUUAUCCUAAUAUUUGAUGCAGCCGAGGACUCAAGCUAUUUAUUGAAAAGAUAUAUUGAUUGUCAUUUUGUGAAUUUUUUUUUUUUUAAACCUAACGCGCUUCAAUUUGUACAAGCCGGCAACAUCGCACAAUUUCACUGUCAUUUUUUCAAUCAGCUGAUUAUUGUUUUGCGGUCCAUGUUACACGUUUUUGCAUGGGAAAAUAUUGGAAAAACCUGUUUAAAAAUUAGUAAAAGCGAUGGGGCACACAAAUAUUGUGUUUUUGGAAAAUUAAUAGUGACAGCAGAGUUGGUAGGCCCGGAUAUUCCGAGGGAUUAAUUUUUUACUGCUUUCCCUGGCCAUGUCUUCAACAUAACUUCCUUUGAAGUUCUAAUACGCUAUUUUUUCUCUACAAUCUCAGCACGUAAAAUUUCACCCGGCACAUCUGCUGCUGAUAAUUUAACUUUUUUAAAAGGCAUCUGGGCCAUUUUAAAUUGGAAAAGGUAUUAAUUACAACUUUUCUAUAAUACUUGCUAUGCUUUUUGGACCGCAAAACAAACAGCCAACAUAACCCCACUUAUUUGACGCGCAAGCGCGUUGUGGACCUUGAAAAGGUCUAUUACCACAUUUGUGCUUCUCGUUAAACCGUUUUAACAGAAAACGUUUUGCUAGCAAACGCUUGUAUAAAC